UAUUACAAGUAUUAUACUUAUAAUAGAGUAACAAUUGUAUAUCUUGAAUGAUAAAUACAUUUCUUUACUCAGGGCGCCACUUGGGGCGUGUAAAGUUAGUCGGUAUUACCCGGAUGCGGAUGUUGACGUCCGCCUAUGAUCCAGCGUCAGUCGUGUGUAAUCAUCAUUCACUACGGGAUCGUAAGAGGGAACCGUGACCCUAUACACCUGAUGUAAGACCACUAGUACGGGAUUUUUGUUUAAUUUGUCGCUGUUCUGCUUUCGAAUAAACAUCGUAAUGGCUGGUCGACGGAUUUAAGAUCGGAUUUAAGAACUAUGCUAGUUAAACAGCGUGUCUCAUUUAGUAACAGCUGUUGUAGAAGACGAGCUGUCAUCGACGGGUUAGAUUAGCCGGUGAGCUAAACAACAAAGCAUGUCCAGUUAAAUCAGAUUUGUUCAGCAGAUUGCCUUGACAACAAUCAAUUUCUCCUGGACUUUUUGCGUGAAGAUACGGCAUAUCCCUCACGUUUAAAACUGAGGUAUAGACUGGUAACUGGUUAUCCAAGAUUUCCAUCCACAGUUUAAGAAUCAAGUUAUAUUUUGGUGAAUGAAACCGAUCUUAUUAAGGUUACCCGUGGUGAUGGUUGCUCUUAACAACAAAGCAUCGUUUUCCAUGGCCCCAUCUGGAGCUCCCAUCAAGCCUGUUUCUGCUGGGGAUUUGUAGGCAUGUAGUCUUGUAAUUGUUGUAUGGCUGAUGAUCAAUAUGUCACAUGGAUGUCAGCAUGUUAUUAAGGUGACAGAAGGUGGGGCAACAGAAGCUGUCCGGGAAUCAAGAAGGAAGUGUGUGAGAAUUGACUAGUCAGAUCACUAUGUCUUCUUUAAUCAAAUUUUACUAGUGACUGUUGAAACGAGAAGCAUCUCAGAAAUGCACCAGAACUGCAUCCAUCCAAGCGAGACAUUUAGAUAAGAACGGGAGGCUCUGUUGGAGCUGUGAAUGUGCAUCAUAAAAAGCUAAUACUCUGAUGGUCCUACAUCUGCCUGGAAUCUUUCUACAUUUGGAAGUGAUGGAACAACUCAUCUAAGACAACAGACAGUUUGUCAGACAUCUGCUCAGGGUGUCUAUUGAAGUGUGCCCUACCUGUGGAUUAAAGUCAUGUUGGGAUUGUGGAUGCUUCGUUCUGCGACAAUGUUGCCUGCUUUUUGGAUGCUGAUAUUUUUGGGAACCUCCAUCGGGCUGUCGGAGACCAUGACUAGAGAGGAGAAGAGCAAACUUAGGAACCAAGUUCUGGAAAUGUUUGACCACGCUUAUCAGAAUUACAUGGACCACGCCUACCCUGCAGACGAGCUGAUGCCCUUGACCUGCCGUGGACGAGUGCGUGGACUAGAGCCUAGUCGAGGGGAUAUAGAUGAUGCCUUGGGGAAGUUCUCCCUCACCCUUAUCGACACACUUGACACUCUUGCGCUGUUGAAUAAGACGGUGGAGUUUGAGGAGGCGGUGAGGAGAGUAGUGACCGAUGUACGCUUAGAUAAUGACAUCGUGGUGUCUGUAUUUGAGACCAAUAUUCGUGUGCUAGGUGGACUGCUGGGGGGUCACUCCAUGGCCAUCAUGCUGAAGGAAAGCGGUGGAAUGGUCUGGUACCGGGAUGAACUGCUGCACAUGGCCAAAGAUCUUGGGCUCAGAUUGCUGCCUGCGUUUAACACCAGCAGUGGUCUGCCUUACCCUAGAGUGAAUCUGCGUUAUGGAGUCAGAGGACCCGAGACACGUACAGGCACUGAAACGGACACCUGCACUGCCUGUGCUGGUACACUUAUACUGGAGUUUGCAGCCCUGAGUCGGUUUACCGGAGACCCUAUAUUUGAGGCCCAUGCGAGAAGAGCUCUGGACUUCCUUUGGGAAAAGAGACAGAGGAAUAGUAAUCUCGUGGGAACAACCAUUAACAUCCAUUCUGGAGAGUGGGUGCGCAGGGAUAGCGGAGUUGGAGCAGGCAUAGAUUCCUAUUAUGAAUAUUUGAUGAAGGCCUAUGUAUUACUAGGAGAUGACCAAUAUCGGCAGCGUUUUAAUAUUCACUACGCAUCCAUAAUGAAAUAUAUCAGCCAACCUCCUUUGCUACUGGACGUCCACAUCCACAAACCCCUGCUACCGGCCCGCACCUGGAUGGACUCCUUGCUUGCAUUUUUCCCUGGACUGCAGGUGUUAAAGGGGGAUAUUCGGCCAGCCAUAGAGACACACGAAAUGCUUUAUCAAGUCACCAAAAAACAUAAUUUCCUCCCUGAGGCAUUCACCACUGAUUUCAGGGUUCACUGGGCCCAACAUCCCCUGCGGCCAGAGUUUGCAGAAAGCACCUACUUUCUUUAUAAGGCCACCAAAGAUCCGUAUUAUCUGGAGGCGGGGCGGACCAUUCUGGAGAAUCUGAACCGCUUCGCUCGAGUUCCCUGCGGAUUUGCUGCUAUGAAGGAUGUGAGGACAGGGAGUCACGAGGACCGCAUGGACUCUUUCUUCCUGGCGGAGAUGUUUAAGUACCUGUUCCUGCUGUUUGCUGAUGAGGAGGAUUUGCCUUUUAAUGUGGAAGACUAUAUCUUUACAACCGAAGCGCACCUGCUCCCUCUCUCUCUGUCUACUGCCUUGAACUCAACGCCCCCUAUGGUUAACAAUAUGGGUGAAGAGGAGAUGGAUGACUCAAAUUUUGAGUGGACUUGCCCCAACAACCGCCUUCUCUUUCCUGACCCUGCCUUCCCACGCAAUUUUCGUGAACCAAUCAGGAGUGCUGUAGAUAAGAGCUCUCCACGCCCGGCGCUCCAACGAGAGCCUGGUAUGGGCCUUCCUCCAUUGAGGGCUCAGGACUUCAUGGCCAAUAAUCCAGAACACCUGGAUUUGCUGAGACGGAUGGGUGUUAGUCUCAUCCACUUGAAGGAUGGUAGAGUGCAACUCGUUCAGCACGCUACACAGGCUGUGAGCAAUGUUGCUGCAGAGGACGGCAUGCGUUUCAUGCAGGAGAUGAUGGAGCUUUCCAGCCAGCAGCAGAAAGAGCAGCUUCCUCCACGAGCUGUUCAGAUUGUGUCACAUCCUUUUUUUGGUAGAGUGGUACUGACCGCAGGGCCCGCGCAGUUCGGAGUGGAUCUUUUCAAAAGCAGCUCUGGGGUGCGUGGGUUUGUAACCGUAGCAGAGCCCUACAACGGCUGUUCCGAGUUGACUAACGGUGAGAUUGUGGCUGGCCGGAUUGCUCUGCUGCAGAGGGGCCAGUGCAUGUUUGCAGAGAAGGCCAGGCAUAUUCAGAAAGCUGGGGCCAUAGGAGGCAUUGUCAUCGAUGAUAAUGAGGGCAGCAGCAGUGACACGGCUCCAUUAUUCCAGAUGGCAGGAGAUGGGCGGAACACUGAUGAUGUCACUUUGCCUCUCCUCUUCCUGUUCCACAAAGAAGGCAACAUACUUUUGGAGGCUCUGAAGGAAUACAGGGAGGUGGAGGUGCUGCUUAGUGAUAAAGCAAGAGACAGAGAAGCCAUUUUUAAAGGGAAAGCCCUCCCGGGCACCCUCUUGGAUGGCAAUACGGAUGGCACAGAGGAAGAGGACUGCUCCAUGGAGGAAAAAGACCACAGUUCUGACGUAUCUGAACCUCUUGACCAAUCACAAGUCACUACUCAGGAACAGCCGGUGGAAGGGCAGGAAAGUGGGACGGGGCCAGCGGAGGGAGGGGCCAGCAGUUAUGUUGCCGUGGACGUAGGGGAGGAGCCUGCAGAGGAUGAGGACUCAAGCAGUCGAUCGGUGGACUCGCUUAUGGCUGAUUGGCAGGAGGACUUGGAAGCCUUUAAGCAAAUGGAGAAGGAUGAGCUUUGACAUUCCCAUUCGUCUCCUUUUUAGUACAGUAUGUCCCAGCCAUAGCACAGACUGACGAAUCAGUUCUGCCAUAUAUGUAAAAAAUAUAUCGGACAGGUGUGAUCAUGAGCGUUGGCACAAAGAGCUCAUUUUCUACAGCCGGUUCUCAGGGCUUAUUUGUGAUUUUCUCUGAUUCAACCUUUUAACUUUAACUUUAACAGAAGACUGAAAAUUGUUAUUGAAAAAUGGACCCAGACAUUACCUCUUCUCUCUCUCUCUGCCCAAACGGUUCUGUCCAGUUUUUGUCUUCCCUCUCACAAAUGGAUUGCCUGAUAAUUGAUGCACAGGUUUAAAUCAACAGUGAUUAAUUAUCUGAAGGACUGAUUAAUUUAAUGGCUGGUUUAACUGUGAUGAAUUGCUUUUUGCAAUAGGAUUAAUGCUUGGUUUGCUCAAUUUGUAGGGUCUUAAUCGGCCAUAAAAAAGGAAAUAAGACCUUUAAGGAAUGAUACAAGUAUAUGUGUAUGUUUGAAUGUUUGUCUGUAUGUUUAUUGCUUUUGAUUAGUAAGAAAAUCAGCCUGGACUUGAAUUUACUAUGCGAAAGAACUGCAGCUUCAAACUUUCCGCAUUAGGUAUUUAAUGGUCUUACACAUUCAAUCCAGAAAGGGUCUAUAUUUGAAAGAUGCGAUGAGAUCUGUCUUUUAAGGAAAAACAUUUAAGGACCAGACAUUUGUUUUCUGAUGAUAGGGACAUGCGAUCAUUUCUAAUGGUCCGCCAGGGGGCGCAAGUAGACUUGAACAUCGUGCCUUGGGGCAUGAAACGUGAUAAGCUCAAUAAAAUUGAUGAAUAAUUUUAA